AGAACUUUUCAAUCUCAUCCUUCUAUUCCAUUACCGUAAAACCUCACCAAUCAUACCCUUACACAGUUACACCCUUUUCAUGCUCACCAUCAUCCUCUUCCUCGGCCUCUCCGAACCCUAAUUCUCCAAUCCUCUUCAACUUUUUUCUUCUUUCAUCUUCCAUGGCUUCCUCGCCUCACAACCACCAAAACGAACAUAACGACGACAACCACCAUCUCGUUCUCAACGGCGACGGCAAAACCCAUGUUACCAAAAAGCCCAGGCUAUCUUCUUUCAUCACAGAAUCCGAAAUUAGAUCCGAGUUCGCUCACCAUGACCCGGCUGUUGCCCGAAUCAACAACGGUAGCUUUGGGUGUUGCCCGGCUUUCGUCAUCGAAGCCCAGAGAGUAUGGCAGCGCAGGUUUCUGGCUCAGCCUGACGAUUUUUACUUCAACGGACUCAAGAAAGGGAUUCUUCAUUCCAGGACCUUAAUUAAGGGCUUGAUCAACGCCGAACACGUGGAUGAGGUCUCCAUCGUGGAUAACGCCACCACUGCCGCCGCUAUCGUCCUCCAGCAGACCUCCUGGGCCUUCUCCCAGGGAAAAUACGACAAAGGAGACGCCGUAGUUAUGCUCCAUUACGCUUACGGUGCCGUCAAGAAGUCCAUCGAGGCUUACGUCACACGGGCCGGCGGGCACGUGAUUGAGGUGCCUUUGCCUUUUCCUGUGAACUCGAAUGAAGAGAUUGUCACUGAGUUUAGAAGAGCUUUAGAGAGAGGCAAGGCUAAUGGUAAGAGGGUUAGACUCGCUGUAAUCGACCAUGUCACCUCAAUGCCUUGUGUGGUAAUACCCAUUAAAGAGUUGGUCAAGAUUUGUAGGGAAGAAGGUGUUGACCAGGUUUUUGUAGACGCUGCUCAUGGUAUUGGGUGUACAAGGGUUGAUAUGAAAGAGAUUGGAGCUGACUAUUAUGCUAGUAAUUUACAUAAAUGGUUCUUUUGUCCACCUUCUAUUGCUUUGUUGUAUUGUAGAAAGUCUCCCAAGGUUGUAGAUUUGCACCACCCUGUUGUGUCUCAUGAGUAUGGUAAUGGAUUGGCUAUAGAAAGUGCUUGGAUUGGAACAAGGGACUACAGUCCUCAGUUGGUGGUUCCUUCGGCUUUGGAGUUCAUCAAUAGGUUCGAAGAUGGUAUAGAGGGGAUUAAGAAGAGAAAUCAUGAGGAAGUUGUUAAAAUGGGGAAGAUGUUGUCUAAUGCGUGGGGAACCCAUCUUGGGUGCCCUCCUGAGAUGUGUGCAAGCAUGAUAAUGAUUGGCUUGCCUGCUUGUGUAGGGAUUUCUAGUGAGAAAGAUACUAUGAAGUUGAGGACCCAUUUGAGGGAGGAGUUUGGUGUUGAAGUUCCUCUUUAUUACCGGGCUCCUAAAGAUGGAGAGAUUGGUUCCAUAACUGGGUAUGCUCGCAUUUCACAUCAGGUGUAUAACAAAGUUGAUGACUAUAUUAAAUUCAGAGAUGCCGUUAACAAGCUUGUAUCUGAUGGCUUCACUUGCUCUCUUCUCUCCACAUGAUGAGCUCAAUGAGGCAUGAAGAAGUCUUUUGUAUGAGAAUAACAGCCAUGUUUCUCUGCAUCAUUUGGUUGCAAUGGUUUCGGUACCAUUAAAGCCAAGAUCACUGGCAGAGAAAUUGAACUGCAGAAGUGCAUGUUUAUGGGCUGAAAUAAUUUUCUUUUUUAUUUUCUAGAGAUGAUAACUAGUCCGUCGAGUUGACCCACCGUAGUUUUGUUGUAAAAAUGUUUCAUAACUACUUGUAAGUGCAUGCUGCUUUGGAGACUGAAAUAAGACUUAUUCAGUGUACAAAUAAAGCCUGACCUAAUUAAAGAUCGUGAUUUUAAAAAUGUCAUCCCUUAAAUGCCUUGAA